AUGUCAAGGGUGCCGAGUCCUCCUCCUCCGGCAGAAAUGUCGAGUGGACCCGUAGCAGAGAGCUGGUGCUACACUCAGAUCAAGGUGGUGAAGUUUUCCUACAUGUGGACCAUAAACAACUUCAGCUUCUGCCGGGAAGAAAUGGGUGAGGUCAUCAAAAGCUCAACGUUUUCAUCUGGAGCCAAUGAUAAACUCAAGUGGUGUUUACGUGUGAACCCGAAAGGCUUGGAUGAAGAAAGCAAAGAUUAUCUCUCCCUCUAUCUGUUGCUGGUGAGCUGUCCGAAAAGUGAAGUUCGAGCAAAGUUCAAAUUCUCCAUCCUGAACGCUAAAGGAGAAGAAACAAAAGCGAUGGAGAGCCAGCGAGCCUAUCGAUUUGUACAAGGCAAGGACUGGGGAUUCAAAAAAUUCAUUAGAAGAGACUUUCUUUUGGAUGAAGCCAAUGGACUUCUUCCAGAUGACAAACUCACUCUCUUCUGUGAGGUGAGUGUGGUGCAGGACUCUGUCAACAUCUCCGGCCAGAACACCAUGAACAUGGUGAAGGUACCCGAGUGCCGCUUGGCCGAUGAGCUGGGAGGACUGUGGGAGAACUCGCGCUUCACAGACUGCUGCCUGUGCGUUGCAGGCCAGGAGUUCCAGGCACACAAAGCCAUACUCGCAGCGCGUUCCCCGGUUUUCAGCGCCAUGUUUGAGCAUGAGAUGGAAGAGAGCAAAAAGAACCGGGUUGAAAUCAAUGAUGUGGAGCCUGAAGUUUUUAAGGAAAUGAUGUGCUUUAUUUACACGGGGAAAGCACCAAAUCUUGACAAAAUGGCUGAUGACUUACUGGCAGCUGCUGACAAGUACGCGCUGGAGCGCCUGAAGGUGAUGUGUGAGGAUGCCCUGUGCAGUAACCUGUCUGUGGAGAACGCAGCCGAAAUCCUCAUCCUGGCUGACCUACACAGUGCUGAUCAGCUGAAAACUCAAGCAGUGGACUUCAUUAACUAUCACGCUUCUGACGUCAUGGAGACAUCAGGCUGGAAGUCCAUGGUAGUGUCGCAUCCCCAUUUGGUGGCCGAGGCCUAUCGCUCUUUGGCCUCUGCGCAGUGUCCCUUUCUGGGACCCCCACGUAAGCGACUGAAGCAAUCCUAAAAUCCCGUCCGUCACACCACCCCAUGUUUUUCUGGAAGCAGCAUCAGUUGUUGCUGCUGUAACCUUGACCACCAGGUAGACAGCGAAAUGUGUGGAGCUUUUACUCUGUUGUUGGGGGGAAGAGACUGCUUCGUGACACCCAGACUUUUUAAAACAGCACCAAGUAACUUGGGGAGAGGGGGGAGGGUGGGCCUGGGGCUCUGGGGCUGUUCAACCUAAUGAAUCCCUGUCGCUGCAUCGUCUGUGUGUUCCCUUCGACUUGGCUGAGUCAAUUAAAUACAGGGUUUGGUUUAGGCACCGACCCAAGUCGGAAUAACCC